AUGGAGGAUUGGGUGGUCCCAUUGUUCUUUAACUCUUAUCUUUAUCUGCCAAGAGAUCCCAACAUCCGCGACGGCUUCAUGGAGAUAUUGCCAUCCCUCUAUUCUAAUGCUGAGGCCGGCUCUCAUCUUCACAUCAGUACAUUGGCCGUUGCUUUCUUUUCCGUCGCCGCAUGGACGGGCCAGGAAUCUCUACUCCGUACAUCAGAACAAUACUUCACCAGGGCUUUACCGAAGAUCCGGGAUGCUUUGCAGAGUAACGAGGAUAGCGGAUUGGAUAGUCUGCUCCUGUCUAUUCUGCUAUUGGGAACUUAUGAGGAAUUUGUUGCAAUAAAAGAAUGGGAGCUCCCCCUGAAGGCUCAUCUGCGAGGCGCCAUUGCUCUCAUCAAUAGUAGAAGAGCUAAGAGCUUACCAUCCUCCACAUCCUCCACAUCCUCUAUAAUAAUCAGGGGCGUGGAGACCCAGAUCCUUAAAACAACACGAGGUCUAAGCAACCCAAUGGUUCCAACACCUAAGGUAUGGCCUCUAUCACAACCAAGCGUCCCAUCCUCACCUGAACUCCUGUUCCUAUCAACCGCUUCCCAACUUGUAAAUCUACGUCACGCAUGGGAAGAAAUGAUGGCCCAAUCCGACCCCGCUCCUUACGCAACAACAAUCCUCAACAGAGCAACAGUCAUCGACAACAACUUAGUCUCAUGGUCCUACCAAAUUCCACAAUACUGGGUCCCAGUCGCCGCAAGUCUAAUCCCCCAAUCCGUCCGCAACGCCGGCAUCUACCGCAAUCGCUGCGACUGCUACUCCGACAUGUGGAUCGCAGCUACAUGGAACAACUACCGAGACUGCCGAAUCCUCCUGCAGACCAUCAAGCUCAGCUGUCUGCGUGUGUUGCCUGCGCAGGAUCCCGACGGUUGGAGAACUGAAUCUGUGACUGCCACGAUUCACAAACUGGCGGAAGAUACGUGUGCCUCUGUGCCUUUCUUCUUGGGGAGUCAGAUGAAGUCUGUGCGCAUGAAGUGUGGGCUGGUGCAGUAUCCUUUUGCUGAAACGAGGCCUGUUACCCUGAGCCAUAAACAGGCGGCGCCGUUGAUGGGGGCUUACUUUCUUUUUGCGUUUUUGAAAAAUCUUCAGAAUUCGGAUUUGGGGUUGCCGGUGGAUCAGCAGAAGUGGGUUGACGGGCAGAUAAACCGAGUUUUGAAUGUCUACUUUUAG